CUCGUUUUCUCCUGGGCUGGCUGGCUGGUUUGAGACUUCCGAGCUUCCGUUUGGAGUACUCGAAGCGCCACUAUAAAUGUUUAGGCCAGCUCCAAGGAGGCCUCACUCCGUGUGAGAUCUCUGAAAGUGAAGGUGGUCCCAUCCAAAAGCAUCUAUGUCCAGCGGAAAGUGAUUUAUUACCCUACAAAAAAAAAACACAGAAAACAAGCAUAAUGAGUGGUCUCCUAGUUCUGCUACUCUGCGCCUUUUGCUGCAGUGUGGCCGCCAAGCCGCCGGCAGCUCGGCGUGCCCAGUUCCAUGACGAUGUCCAGCUCAUACAUCCGCACAUCAUCAGCCUUGAGCGUUUGGAGCAUUUGCUGCAACGUGCUGGUGAAAUCUUUGGUCCCGCCUUGGAGGAAGAUUCCAUGGCGGAGGCCAGUAGCCAGGUGGAGGAGCACCAAGUGCAGCCCCAGCAGCGCUUGCUGCCACCCACUGAGCAGCCUUACAACUUUUACCUGCCACUGUACGACUAUGUGGAACCCAAGUUGGAUGAGAAAAGCAGAAGGCUGGAGAAGAUUAAUCCGCCGCCGCAGAAGCUGGAGCACAACUACUAUGCGGACAAGCCAAAGAAGAAGCCAAAGAAGUUCAAUGCGGCCACCAAGCACAUCAAUCUCAAUCUCAAGUGGCUCAACACCUACGAGAAGGCCAUGGGUGGAGCCAAGGCGCCCAAGGCCAUGUAUCUGGAGCAGGAUGAGCGCAAUCGCAUCAACUUUGAUGACUCCUUCUUUGCCGUGGACAUGCAGGUGAAGGUGCCGGAUAAUCAGCCCCACAGGGAGGCAGGAGCACCCUCCGCCGAGCUUCUGCAGCAUGGCGAAGAGCAGGCUGAGGAGGAUCUAAUGGCGGCUCCUGCGCAGCUGUCUUACAACUACAAGGCUCCUGCCCAGGUGAAGGAGCAUCGCCUAUAAAAGCUAGUUUU